UGAGCCUCCUGCUUUUUUAUUUAUUUAUUUUUUGCUUGUCUCAUUUCACAUCAAAUGUAGGGAUUCAGAAACCAGAUUUAGUCAUUGGAAAAGCAAACUCGUCUUCUGGACUCCACAGUGACACAGGGGUGGGAGGCUAAGGGAGUCUAGUCCUCAGGUUUAAACAAUGAAAGAACUGACUUCUGACAUUAUAUAUCAGAAGCUUUAUGGAACCAUUCUCAUGUCGAGUUUUAUCUUUCUCUCAGAUGCACUCUCACUAAAAGGAAAAAGGCUGGAUUUUUAUGGCAAAGCUGACACAUAUGUAAGCCUGACCAACAAUAUUCCUGAACUAAGUCAAUUCACAGUAGGCCUUGACCUGCGAUUUGUGAGUGUCAAAUCAAGUGAUUGUAUGGCUUUCUCCUACAUUACUAAUAAUACUUUCCUGGGCAGAGAAGACAUAGAACUUGAACUCUCGGGAGAUCAUCAGCAGCUAAUCAUGUACAAAUUUGGCAAGACCUUUCACAUCUGUUACCACCUGAUUCCAUUUCAGUGGCACACAGUAUGGUUGGUAUGGAGUGGUGUGAAAGGCAGAUUAGAGCUCUUCCUGAAUAAGAAAAGGAUACUGAUAAUUAUGGAUCAACCACAAAACCUAGCGCCUAAUAGGACUCUGGUUCUAGGACAUUUUCUCAAGAAAGGUAAUGACCAGGUUCAAGGCCUGGUUCCUAGGUUCACCAGCAGCUUGUGCUACUUUCAACUCUGGGACCACAUCCUGGGAAAUGAAGAGUUUAUGAAGUGUCUGAACAGAAAUGUGUUUAGUUGGGAAAAAGAUGUUUGGCUCGUCAACAAGAUCAUUCCAACUAUUGAUGUGAAACUGAACUGCUUUCUUUCUGAAAAUAUAAUAAUUCAAGAAACAAGUACCACUCUUUCACAACAAAUAGACUUGAAAACUCCAUCCCAAGUUACUGGACUAAAACCGCAAAAGACUGCAUAUUCUUCUACAGUGGUGUCUAAAAGCAUGCCUGUAUUUGAAACUGAUUAUACAACUCGACUGUAUUCCAAUACAACAUCUCCACCACUGAAAACAAUGACUGCACCAAUUUUUUAAAAGACUUCCAUAGCUGAGACAGCUACAUUCGUAGCAGACCUUUUGUCUAAAUCAGCAGCCAUUGCUCUGUCUACCAAGAGUACCUCCGUAGGCCCUACUACCAAUUCCAUGAACGUAACUAAAUCCCCAUCUUCAGAGAGCACAAGGACAACCAAAAUGGCUGAAUCCAUUGCUACUGAGACUUCUCAUCCAGUGGUAGCUACUAAUUUCCUGUACACAUCUAGAUUUACCAACAAUUCAAUUGUAUCCAAACCUUCAGUAACUGGCUCUCAGUCGGCUGUUAUGAGGACAGCAUCUUUAUUCUCACCUGUUGAGUCAACAUCCAUGUCUACAACAUUUUGGCCCAAACACAAAUCCACAGGUAUUGGGGCACUCCCUAUUGCCACAGCUAGCCAGGAGUUUCCUGCAUCUACAGCUGCUGGAAAUGUAUGUCAGUCCACAGUGGAUCUGACUUCAACUACAGCUACUCCCUUUGGGACUGCGUCAACACUGCCACCUGAGUCUGUGCUUAUCUCCACAGCUGUUUCAAUGAAUUCUGUAUUUCCUAGAAAUCAGACAACAGCAUCCACAUUGGCCACAACUGAUAUGGAAAUCCUAGUUUAUUCAACUAGGUCUAUUGAGAUGACACCUGUGCUAAGAACAGUUGAAACAGAAUCACCAUCUACAAAUUUCCAGGCUGACUCUUCACCCACAGUGGAAGACGCAAUAUCUACCUUCAUACUAAAAGAGGUCUCUUUUGUGGCACUUUCUUUCAGGACAUCUUCUCCAUUCACCAGAGCUCAGAGUGUACAGUCUGUUACUGAUGUUGAGAUGACACAUACAGCCUUGACUCCUGGGAAAACACUUGCACCUACAGUGGCUGAAACUCUAUUUUCCUCCACAAUCACUGGGCCAGUAUAUGCACUGAAUAUACCCACAGGUGGUGAAAACAUGCUUCCUCUGAUUUCUACUAGAUCAGCUUCCACAUCCAAGGAAUCAACAAGUGAUGAGGGUGACCAUCUAUUCUCCACAAAUGAGAUCACUUGGACUUCCAGGCCAGAUCAGACCUUGUUGACAUCAGUGUUAAAUGGGAGUACUUCUAAUACAGAGCAGUCAUCCACAACUACUAAUAUUAUCAUCCAACCAGAAGCAUCCACAGAGAGCAAGGCCACCACUAUUGCUAAUACUACUACAGACAGAUAUACAACAGUUCUAUCCAAAUUGACAUCUCCAUGGCUCACUAAUUUCUCCACAGUUUCUGGAGUCACAUCUGUAACCAAACUGCCUGAGUCUAAAUUUAGCACCUUACCUAAAACCACCCCUGCAUCCACAGUACUUGGAAAUGAACUUCUUUCAACACCAAGGGAGACAGUUGUUCCACUUGUAGAUAGAGUAUCUACCCUUGCUGAUGUGGAACAUUUUUCUACUGAAGAGAGUGCUUCUGAGAACACACAAACACAGACAAAUGGUAUAAUUGCAUUUGGAGAGACAACAGUCCCCGUUCCAGACUCUGCAAUGACACAAAGAUUCAUUGCUACUGUGACAAGGAAAGAAACAACUUCCCAUUAUCUUGAGAGAAAAUCGGCUCUAGCAGUGACAACCAAGGUUUCUCCAUUUGCAACAAUGCUGGAAGCAACAGAUGAGUUUAUUUCCCCCUUUCUUGAUGCAGAGAAGCUGACUACCCAAUCGGAUAAUACAGCAACUGCUGAGGUGAAAGAAAGUUGAUUUUCUACAAAAUCAAUGAAAACAACACCUAAGAGUUCAUACAAUGAAACUAUGGAUAUCUUUAAUUCCACCUACAUCUACAUAGCACCUUGGACUUCAGAAACUCCACCUGAGGGGAAUCCAGCUCCAUCUCCCACUUCUGGGAGCACACAGACUCCAUCUACCUCAACCUCAAGUAACACAGUAGAGGCCCAUGUUUCAGAAAUGUCUACUGGUCUUGGGAAAACAGUAUUCCCUUCACGAGCUCUGACAAUUACCACACUUUUGUCUCCUGAGACAGGGAGCAUGAGUGCCCUCUCAGUAUAUACUCCCAGGACUGAGAAAAAGAUAGUAAGCACCACCUCUGUGACUCACUCUUUCUCACACCGCCAGGACACUUCCUUUGUAGAUACCGUAACUUCCGGGACAACCAGGAUAUCAAAUCCUAUAAACAAUAACACAACCUUUUUAUACUUGUUUCACCCACCUAGGACUCAGCCCGAGGUGUCUUCAGUUGCCCCUCUCAUUUCUGAAAGCACACAGACUUCCCUUGAGUCCCCAUCUCUUUCCAUAGCUCGGCAGUAUAGUGCCAAUUUUAUAGCUGUGUCUACUGACAGGAUCACUACAGCCCUUUCUGCUUCAAAUGUAUCUAUAGCACUUCUUGGGAAAACUUCUAUGAUAAUGUCCAUUCCUACCUACUAGAUGUCCUCACGGCAAGUUAGAGUCACUCCCCUGACCUCUAAAAGUGUUUUGGGCACUCCCACUGUACUAAUGACUGGAUUUUCUAAAAGACAUUCAGAUUGUUUGAAAAGCACCUCUGUAGCCACUUCUGGGCUGGGGUCUGAGAUGUCCUCAAUGUCAGUUAGUGUCUCUGCUUUUCCACCUCUUACUGUUUCUUCUGAUGCUUCCACAACAGGUGGGUCAUUCUAUACUUCGUCUUCAGUUACCCCCAGGCCUUCUAUGACCAUGCAAACAUUGUCAUUAGAUGUCACACCUUUGACAUAUGCUGGGUCUGCUUCAAAAAGCACAGUGACUUCCGUUGGUUUCACUACAGAAAUAACUAAAGUAUCAUCCAGCAUCACACCUACAUCCUCCCCAGCAGAGCCAACUUUUCCCUCUGGGAAAACCAUUCCAACCACUAUCAUGGCUGGGACCGUGACUCCAUUCAUAGGCAUCCUUGUCUCUCCCCUACUCAUUUCUAAAACUGAAGCUAUUUCUUCCAUUCCAAAGACCACAUUUUCAUCAUUUCUAUCAACAGCCCAACAAUCAUCACAAAGAUAUCAGGCCACCACUCUGGGCAUAUUCCCUGGGAUUACUAACAGCUCUCUUUCAACUGUAAGCAGUGGUAAAGUAAUAGCUCUCAAAUACUCCAGAACUGCUGCCCCUGAAAGUGUGCUUUCAUCUACUCUGGAAAAUCUCCACGCUUCCUUGAAUAUUCAAAUUUCCCCACCUUUGACUGGCUUUAAGAGCACUCCUGGAUCCACAAAAAGUGUAAAAACCACCAUUUAUCAUUCUUCAAAUACAGAAAAGAAGACUUCCUCAUCAGAAAAUACUUCAACAGCUGAACUGACAAGUGCCAUGUCUGUGAAUACACCUGUUUCAUACCCUCCCUGGAUUCCAUCCGGGUCAACUUCACCCUCUUUGACAUCAGUUCUUGUUUCACCUCAAAGUACUGAAGCCAAGUUCUCUACUCCAAAGACUUCUCUUCCUCCUAUGUCCCAAACGGUUGAAUUUCCAGUUCUGCAAACAAGAACCACAUCUAGUAACACCCAGUCUCUGCUUUUGACUUCCUGGAACACACCCACAGCUGAAGAUUCUCAAUUUUCAGCUUCUACCACUGCUUAUGUACCUACAUCCAACAAGAAGCAAACAGAGAGUCCUUACGUUAGUACAGAGUCUUUGUCAACAUUCCCAGUCUCUCAGACUGGUCUUGUACCUGGAGAUGUAAUGGCAAUGUCAUCAAUUUCCACAACAGGAACUCUUCCUACCUUGGGGAUGUCUGAGAGCCCUUCAUUAUCAAUAUCUUCAAAAUCUAUCCCUGUUACUUUGGCUGACAUUAAGCACACAUUUGAGAAGACAACCACAUCUGUAACUCCUGGGACCACACUCCCAUCAAAUAUUUCUGAUGCUGCUUCAGAAUCUAUCAUUUCAAAGGCUUCUACUUCACCCAUGCUGACUUGGAUCUUAUCUAGUCUUCCUUCAGGUUCACCUCUGGCAACUAGAUCCAAUACUCACAUUAUAUCUUCCUCUCCAGAAGAGGUAUUAAAAUCCACAUUUCUGACUUCUGACAUAACACCAACACACCCACUCACUAACUUUACAAUAGGACCCUUUGCUGGUGUAAGUGCUGUACUCAUCGAAACCACCCCUACACCUACAGUGGGCGGUAUCACUGCGGGUUUCCCAAGUCCUUUCCCUGUGUCUAUAAAAAUCACAGAUGACAGUACCUACAUUUCCAAAUCUUCUGGAGCAUCUUCCAGAAUCACUGUGACUGCCAACUCCAGGACUGUGCCUCAAGCUCCAUCCUUUAGCAGAAUGAGUAAAUCACCUCCAGUUGACCAUACUCCAUCUGUUGGUGCCAUGUUUCUACCUAGCCCUACAACAACAUCUGCAUGGAGCAGAAUCCCAGCUGCACCAGCACCCACUACCCUAGUUCUUCCUAAGCCCACACAGGAGUCCCUUCUAAAUAUAGCCGCCACUACAUCCACUGCUACUGGAGCCCCAUUUCCGCUCAUCUUCACUGGAGUAACACUUCCUUUUACAGCAAAUGUGUCCUCAUUACCUUCUUCCUCUCUUGAGACAGGCUGGCUGGACUCCACACCUUCCUUUUUAUCUACCGAAACUUCGACUUUACCUAUUGCCGUUAAGUCUACAAUUUCCUUCUACAAUAUUGAAAUGAGCCUCUCUAUCUUUGAUGAAGAACCAAGGAUCCCUAUUACCAGUGUUGUAAAAGAAUUUGCAAAAAAUGGGGUCAAUGGUGGAAAGCUUUUUAUGAGGUAUUAUUAUUUUAAUUGGUUUAGAACGUUGAAUUCUAUAUUUCAGGACAGUGAAUUUGUUCUUGCUAACCUGGCUGUUCAAAUUAAAAACAGAGACAUUACUGGGGAAGAAAUAACCAUGAACCAAUUUGUUUUGAAACAGAGAGAAGGGCAAGGACUGGCUACAAUUUCCCACAUACCAUACAGCUGUCUUUGUCAGGUCAUUAUAAAGGCCAGCUCUUCCUUAGAGCCCACUAAAUUGAUUAGCAGGAUCCAAAGUAACAUACACGGCAACCUCAUGCAUGGAAACUUCACACAAGAUCAAUUGAUAUUAUCAGUAAAGUCUGGACAUGCUGCAGUGAGAAAACUAGAGCCCGGAAAGUGCAAAGCCGAAGAAACAGCCUCUAAAUACAAAGGGACAUAUAAGUGGCUCUUAACCAACCCUACUGAGACAGCCCAAACUAGAUGCAUAAAAAAUGAAGAUGGAAGUGCUACUAGACUCUGCUCAAUCAGUAUCGACACUGGCAAAUCUCACUGGGAAAAACCAAAGUUUAAACAAUGCAAAUUGCUUCAAGUGCUUCCUAAUAAGAUUGUGGAUCUUGCUAAUAUUACAAUAAGUGACGAAAAUGUGAAUGAUGUUGCAGAGCACAUUUAAAAUUUAAUCAAUGAACCCCCUCUUCUGGAUGAAGAAGAAACGAUUAUUGUUUCAAAAGUAUCUGAUAUUUCACAAUGUGAUGUGAUAAGUAUGAACCUAACCCAGACUAUAUUACAAAUAAUCAGUGCUGCUUUGGGAAAGCAAAACAAUUCAGCAUCUGAUCUGCAUGAAGUAAGCAAUGAAAUUAUGAGGAUAAUUGAGCGUGCUGAUCACAAGAUGGAGUUUCCUGGGAGGACAGCAAAUCUGACGGUGGCCAGGAUGGCUUUGGCUGUCCUACGGGUGGACCACACAUUUGAAGGCAUGACCUUCAGCAUUCUCUCCUAUGAAGAAGGCACAGAGCCUGAGAUUUCCCUAGACAAAGUCCCCUUGGGGAGAGUUUUGGCCUCCAUAUAUUUACCUAAAUCACUGAGGGAGAGAAUUCCUCUUAGCAGCUUACACACCAUCUUGUUUAAUUUUUUUGGCCAAACUUCACUCUUUAAGACCAAAAACAUCACAAAAGCAUUAACCACAUAUGUCGUGAGUGCCAGCAUUUCUGAUAUAUCCAUUCAAAACUUGGCAGACCCAGUGGUUAUUACUCUGCAACAUGUUCAAGGAAACCAGAAUUAUGAUCAAGUUUGCUGUGCCUUUUGGGACUUUGGGAAUAACAAUGGGCAAGGUGGAUGGAAUUCAUCAGGCUGUAAUGUAAAGGAAACAAACGUAAAUUACACAGUCUGUCAGUGUGAUCAUCUUACCCAUUUCGGAGUCUUAAUGGAUUUAUCCAGAUCUGCAGUGGAUGCAGUGAAUGAAUGGAUAUUAGUGAUUAUAACACACAUCAGAUAUGGAAUCUCCUCCAUUUUCCUGGGAGCUGCAAUAGUGACAUACUUAGCUUUUCACAAACUUCGAAAAGAUCAUCCUUCCAAAAUCCUGAACAACUUGUACACAGCACUACUGAUGCUAAACCCCGUAUUUCUAGUCAAUUCCUGGUCAUCAUCAUUUCAGAAAGCGGGCCAUUGUAUCACAGCUGCUGUGGCACUUCAUUACUUCCUGCUCGUGUCUUUGACUUGGAUGGGCCUGGAGACAGUCUGCAUGUAUUUCACUCUAGUCAAAGUCUUCAACAAGUACAUUCCUAAUUAUAUCCUUAAAUUUUGUCUGGUUGGAUGGGGAAUCCCAGCCAUCAUGGUGGCAAUCAUACUCAGUGUGAAAAAGGAUCUGUAUGGGACUCUGAGCUCAACAACUCCAUUUUGUUGGAUUAAAGAUGUUCCUAUAUUUUACAUCUCAGUGGUGGCUUAUUUUUGCCUCAUAUUUCUCAUGAAUCUCUCCAUGUUCUGCACUGUUCUUGCUCAACUGAACUCCAUGAAAUCCCGCCAAAAGACUUGAUGGAAGAUGAUUCUACAAGACCUCAAAGGCACAACUGGCCUGACCUUCUUACUUGGUCUCACCUGGGGGUUGGCCUUUUUUGCCUGGGGACCUGUGAGAAUCCUUUUCUUAUAUCUUUUUGCCAUUUUUAACACUUUGCAAGGGUUCCUCAUUUUUGUGUUCCACUGUGCAAUGAAGGAGCAUGUGCAGAAGCAGUAGCAGCUGCCUUUCUGUUAUGGGUGGUUGCCACUGGAUAACACUUCUGAUGGCAGCACCUGGUGUGGGCUCAAUGUUGGGCAGAAACGGGAAAGACUGAGGAAAAUCUUCGUGCACAACUUGUUGACAUCAUCUGUCAAGCCAGCUACAGCUAGUUCCAUUUUGAAAUCUUUAGGCUCUGCCCAAGGCACACCUAGAGAAACAAGUUCCCCAAAUGGUGAGAGAAAAGGCUAUGCUGUCUACACUUAUAUUCCAGAGACACUGAAUUAG